AUGGCCCGGCACAUCCAGCUCCAAAACACCAAAUUCCUGGAAGAUCUCCCGCUAUCUAUCCCCAGAUAUGCGUACAAUGGGAUAGAUCAAUUCCGCGAGAUUAUUGGUUUUGAACGCGAACGUUUUGAAAGAUCAAAUCAUUCUCAAGGCACUGGAGUUACCAACGAAUAUGUCCUUUUCAAAAUAGCAGAACGUCAAAUACAGACUGAUUUCUUGAACGAAGGCGAAGCCACCACCAACCUCGCCCUGCGGGUCUCGUAUGAUCUUGCGGCCGGCCUGGUACUCCUCAAAAUGAUGGGACCAGUACAUUGGGAAAUGCAGAACAAAUUCAAGAACAUGAUCACCCUUGAUUUAAACGCCAUGGGACUACGAUAUGCUGUCCACGAGUGCGGCGGAGUUGACAUUCGAGGUAACGGUAGUGGAAAGGAAUCAGAUGCUGGCUGGGGCCCCGCAGCAAACCAGCCCGGGCACACCGGGAAACCGACCGUUACCCUUGAGGUAGCCGUCUCCGAAUCACAGGCCAAGUUGGAACAGGACGUGGGUUGGUGGCUUAGCCCUACCAAAGGGGGUGCAAACGUGACUGUCACUGUUAAGGUUGAUCGACGUGCUCCCCGCCUUACAAUUGACAUUUGGCAAUGGACUGGUACAGAUAUCGAACGAACCCAGCAAGUGAUUAUUUCAAAGGAAGACAGCCAAGUGUUCGUUACAGGGGAUCCGCUCAUCAUACCAUUUCACCUUUUCUUCUUGAGACAGCCCACAGCAGGAUCAGGCGAACGUGAUAUUGUUCUCGACCAGCAGGAAUUAGUGCCUUUUGCUGAAUCUGUGUGGCGUGUUCAAGGGUUUUAG